UGUUACAUUGUGUAACAAUGAAAGGCUGAAACCUUGUUGCUUUAUAUGACUGCGAGCUGCUGUAACAGUUACAUUUGAUGGCAAAUCCAAGCAUUCAUGAAAUUCCGAAUUAGUGAGAGAGAGGAGUUAUAAUUUAUAAAUGUAUAAUGAUUUCAUAGAAAUUCAAAUGAUUUCAUAGGGAAAAUUUCAUAGGAAAUGUGAUGGUUAUGCAUUGCUUUCACGGAGGAGAUCAACGCUUUUGCGUCGCCAAAAAAUCGUCCCAGCGCCUUUAUUUUCUGUGGUCUUUCUUGUGAGGUGGUGAUCAGCAGCUGCACGGACAAGACAGCAGUUCAGAGACAGGCUUUGGCUGUAACUACACGAAAGGCUCCGCGUAUGGAGAUGAUCUAUUCUUGUGAUGGCGAGGCGUCUGUUUCCACGUGCCUGGAUAAAUAAAUCGUUCUAUUUCCAGGCUCGUAUCUCCUUUGUGCGCGUGAAAUACCUGUUCCUCACCUGGCUGACAGUGUUCGUGGGAGGCUGGGUGAUCUACGUCCAGUAUUCCAACUACACCGAGCUGUGCCGAGGACAUGAGUGCAAGAACUCCAUAUGUGACAAAUACAGGAGGGGCAUCAUUGACGGCUCGGCCUGCAGCAGUCUGUGUGACAAAGACACCCUCUACCUGGGAAGAUGUCUCUCUACCAGCCCCAACCACCAGGUUUACACAGGUGGUUGGGGUGACGUGGACGGGGUGAUCCGCUGCCGGGUGGGGGAGGUGCUGCACUAUGAGCUAGGAGAAGAGCCGGAGCCCCGGAGGGAGGCUGCAGUCUUUGACAAACCCACCCGCGGCACGUCUGUGAAGAAGUUCAGAGAGAUGGUCUUCAAUCACUUCAAGUCAAAGUUGGGCGAGCAGGCCAACCUGGCCAGCCUGGUGACCAAGAUCCUCACCGUCGCCGACGGCAACAAGGACGGGCACGUCUCCCUCCCUGAGGCCCGUUCAGCCUGGGCUCUUCUCCAGUUGGAUGAGGUGCUGCUGGGCCUACUCCUCCAGGACCGGGGCCACACCCCUCGGCUGCUGGGCUUCUGUGGGGACCUGUACGUGACCGAGAGGGUCCCCUACGGCCCCCUGUACGGUCUCGGCCUCCCCUGGCCACUUGAGGCCUGGGUCCCCAGUGAGGCCAGACGCAGCAUGGACCAGUGGUUCACACCCUCUUGGCCCCGCAAAGCCAAGAUCUCCAUGGGUCUCCUGGAGCUGGUGGAGGACAUUUUCCACGGCAACUACGGCAGCUUCCUCAUGUGCGACCUGAGCGCCAACCAUUUCGGCUACACGGACCGCCACGACCUCCGCCUCACUGACCCCAGGGCCAUCGUCUCUGAGGACGCGUUCCGGCGAACCAUGCGCGCGCUGCACUGCGAGAAGGACGACGACUGUGUGCUGGGGCCGGACUGCCGGACAUCGUGUGACAUGGCUCAGAAACGAUGCAGGGAGGAGGUGACCCAGCCCAACCUGGCCAAGGCAUGCGGGGCGCUGAGGGACUACCUUCUGAGAGGGGCACCGUCAGAGCUGAGGGAGGAGUUAGAGAGGCAGCUGUACGCCUGCAUGGCCCUCAGAGGCUCGGCAGGACAGAUGGACAUGGAGCACUCCCUGAUUCUGAACAACCUCAAGGCCCUGCUGUGGAGACAGAUAUCCCAUACUAAAGACUCAUGAUGAGGGGACAACACAACCGAGUCCUCAAAUACUUAAAAGGCAAGAUUCACCUAUUUUGAACAUUAUUGUGUUUGUGCAUCUGAGUGAUGUUCUAUCGAUUCCAGGGGUUAUUUCAUGUGGUAAUGUGUCUGAGCUAUUGCUGUUCAAGCAGGCAAGAAAUACUAUAACAUUCAAAAUGGGUGGAUCGUUCAUUCAAGACGUACUACAUUGUUUUAUGUUUUCCUGACUCAUUGGAAGAAUAAUAAUUGUAAUUCCUGUUCAGGAUGCUGGAAAAUAACUGUAGAGCUGCUGUUUACGACAGGGCUCAUGUAGUCUUGUUUUCCCCUCUUGGAAAAAACAGAUGGAACAUUUGUGGGAAGUUAUGAACUACACAGAAGUACACUUGCACAUUUCGGUUUCUUCAAUGUGACCAAGGAAUCUAUCCGAAGAAACAGUAUUAUAGAGGUCUAAGGUAUUGUUCCAAUUAUCUCCUUUCCAGUGUGCACUUGUUCCCUUCUGAUCUGAAAGAAAAUUACUGGUAUAACAAAUAUGGUGGAAACUCCCUGUAGUCCAUACCUCAACCAAUCCAAUGCUUUUAGAUUUAUGGGAAAUAGCGGAGGGUACACCUCAGGAGAUAUUGGAAUGUACCCAGGUGUCGUCCACAUCACUGGACAUUUCCACCCUCACUUGUUUAAUGCUGAAUCGGCCUAUGACGAGCCAUUAUUCUUGGUUUGUGUACCAUGUACAUUUUCACUUGUAAGUUUUCCACUAACCGUGUAGCGUAUCAUGAGUACUUGUCAUAUACAAGAGAACUAUAAAACUUGGAAUUAGUCAAUCGCGUAUGAAGGAGGUACUGUACAUGAACUGCUCGCUUUAUUCAACUUCCUGUUUCUACAUUCUUUCAAGCGCAACUUUUAAACGAGAAGGUCACUAUCUUUUAAACAGGAAGCUCUGUCCGGUUUCUGAAGGAGCUGAAGCACACAGCUGAUUUUGAGGGAACGAUGUAUGUUUUCUUGAGGUUUGAACCAGCAUGAUUUUGCACAAUAAAACCACAUACCACUCA